AACCGAAGCCUCAGAUAAACGUCAUUGUUCCUCUAGUGUUUGGGGGGAAAAACACAGGAAGAGGAAUUGUGUGGAGAGGCGAGGAGGAUACGUUGAGUGAUGGCGUCCGCUGAUCUGAAGGAGGAGCUGGAGUGUUCCAUCUGUCUGGACAUUUAUACGGAUCCUGUGACCCUGAUAUGUGGACACAACUUUUGCCAGGACUGUAUUGCCCGUGUGUUGGAUUCACAGGAGGGGUCUGGAGGUUAUUUCUGUCCUGAUUGCAGAGAAGAUUUCCAGGAGCGGCCUACACUGCGGAGGAACAUAACGCUACGUAACAUUGUGGAGAAUGUCCAGUCCACCCAUCCAGAUCAGGAGGUGUCCGGGGUCUUCUGUACUUACUGUAUUCACACUCCUGUACCUGCUGUGAAAUCCUGUCUGUUGUGUGAAGCUUCUCUGUGUUACGAUCACCUGAGAGUCCACAGCAAGUCACCAGAACACUGUGCAAUGUCUAUAAGGCAGGGAGACCAUAUAUUGUAAAUAUGCCUGGGGUAAAUGUAGAGAAAUGUACAGGCACAUAUGUCUAUCCACACUCUACUACACGGGGCAAAGGUCACAUCAAUGCUGAACCAUCUAGGAGAUGUCCUCAACCCACCCAAGCCAUACAACCAUCCAGGAGAUAUCCCCAGCCCUCCCCCACCAUACAACCAUCCAGGAGAUAUCCGCAACCCUCCUCCACCAUACAACCAUCCAGGAGAUAUCCCCAGCCCUCCCCCACCAUACAACCAUCCAGGAGAUAUCCCCAACCCUCCCCCACCAUACAACACUCACACCGCCAGGCUGGAGGACCAAACAUUUUAUCUGAUAUCAUGUGUGGGGUAAAUGUACAGAAAUGUGCAGACACAGAGGUCUAUCCACAUUCUAGUGCAAAGGAAAUGCUUCCCUUUCUUGCUAAACCAUCCUGGAAACAUCCCGAAACCGCUUCCACCAUACAACACUCGCACCGCCAGGCUGGAGGACCUAACAUUAAGUCUGUACAGCAAACAUCGAGGGUUGCAGACAUAUUUUGGGAUUUGAGCACAGCCAGUAAUCAUCUACAUAUAUCCGAUGACGGGAAAACUGUGUAUAAGUCGCCAUAUAAGCUCUUUCCAGAAACGCUUUGGUGUUUUCGGUGUUCUCAGGUGAUGAGCAUUACGAGUUUCUCCUCAGGGAGACAUUACUGGCAAGUGGAUGCCGGGGAGUCACCGAUCUGGAAAGUCGGAAUGUGUUACACCAGUAUAGACAGGAGGGGAUUUCAGUCAGGGCUUGGAUGUAAUAAUAAGUCCUGGUGUUUGGAGAAGAGGAAGUUUAAUGAAUACUCUUUUGUACAUGACAGUUAUCAGUACCCAUUACCCGGCGGUAUCUCCAGUAACAGAGUCAGGAUAGAUCUGGAUUAUGAGGCCGGGCGGAUCUCCUUUUAUGAUCUGUGUAACCCGAUCCAACACCUCCACACCUUCACCACCACCUUCACUGAGCCCCUCCAUGCUGCGAUGCGUGUAGGUAAAAAUUCCUGUAUUAGGAUAAUUGGGGGGGAAUACAAGGGGAAAAAUCUGUACAGAGACUGGUGACAUCACAGGGAGGAGAAUCUGAUUGGUGCAAUACCCAGCCAAUAGGAGGAAGCAGUGGACAAAAACCAACAUGACUGAUUUAUUUACAAAUAAAAGACGUCAUCUGCGA